AUGCGCUUUCGGGUUCAGGCUUGCUUCGAUACGGCGGCCCAUGAGCUCAUUCUCUCCUCCGAGGCAUCCGAGAACUCUGCCCUAUUAAUCGCAGAUGACUGCUCGGUAGAACUACGCGUUGCACCGGUAAGUAGCGGUACUGCCGGUGCCGCUGGAGUCUCACCAACGACGCACGCACUCACAGCAUUACCGUGGGAUUCCAGCCGAAUGCGACUUGGCGUCAACGGCAUCAGCUACGGCACCGGCCCGCUGGUGUUGCGGGAUGGAGACGAACUCACGCUGCACCCCAACCACGUCGCGGAGACCACAACGUCGUAUACAUACAACGUCAAAGGAGUUCCCACAUCGGCAGAUGUGGCUGGGAAUGAGAUGGAGGAUGAGCCCCCACUUGAGACCCGCGCCAGUGCAUCUGAAGAGAAACAUCGGCUGCGAGUGAUCAUAUCGAACAUGGAGCAGUACGCAAAGUGGAACAAUUUUUACAGCGAGCGGUUCACCAACCUUGCCAUGAUCGGUGUGCCGCCAAGCAACGGCACUUGUACGACCGGCCAGCUCCGCAAAUGUGCGUGUGGGUCCUAUGUACAGACAGAGGUGAGCACACCCGGUGCCAUGCCAUGUUCGACACACGCACCCAUCGCCGGGCAGACGCCGCUCGUGCGGGAUGCAGACGCUGACGUGAGUAAGGCGCUUCCAACAGCGCCCCGUGCACCCUUGCCGGCGAUGUGCUGCUGCUGCCCGUUCACGUCUGCGUCCUCAAAUGCGGCGCUGCGGCUCUCCACAAAGAAUCCGUCUUAUACAUCAGCGUUCGCGCCCCCCUUUUCCAUCGGUGAGAACAGCGACGCGCAGCAAGUCUGCGAGACCGGCCCGUCUUUGUGCGUCGGUAUGAGACAGACUUCUUGGAGUGUCUACGCCCAAGCUCGUCGCAACGACUGUGUAGCCGCUCCGCAGGCCAGCAAUGCCAAGAAAGCCGUUGAUGCGCGCGACAGUGACGACUUCUUGGGUGGCGCCUCACUUGGCAGGCCAGCUGUAGAGCUCUUGAACCGCAUCAGCGCCUUAGAGGGCGCACUGAUGGGCUUACGCUACGAAUGA